AUGAACGCCAAUCCGUUCUAUACGCAACUGCAGCCGGAGUAUACUUGCUACGGUUCACAGCAGCCGUCCGCAGGUUCGGGGUUUUUGCUUCCCACGGGUCAAAUUACUGCGGCGGGAUCCGGACCCACAAGCUUUUUGCCUUACCUUUGUGUGCCAUCCGGCAUGCAACUGCCGCAAGACCAGAAAAAACAGAUGCCUGAAGGCAGCAUGGCGUCCUCUGGUUGUACGUUGGGUUCAACUCCAGCUGAAGCAAAGGAUGGGGAACUCACCACCACUCCUUUUUCCGGAGCAUUACAUGACAUGUCCAAUUCAAUCUGGGCAAUGCAGGAACCAGUUUCCUCUAAAGCUGUAUCACUGCCGAGCCUGAGUUCUGGUAGCUCGUUGAACUACUCUUUCUUGGGCACUAAUUGCAUGAUUUCAACAUACAACGCGCCUGUAGCCACACCUGAAACCUCUAAUCAAACAUACCUCUACCCGGUUUCUAUGAAGACCGAGGAGAAUGGGCAGACUUUUAUGCUUUUUCCGUCUCGGAACAAGGAGGUGCCCGACCCCGUGAGCCCUGCGUACUAUUUUUUGGUGAACUCUCCUCAGUCACUUGGGCCGCUUCAAUACACAACCAGUACGAUGCAACCUACUCAGCCUAAUCCGAUGGUUUUUGGAGCCAAUGCAUCAGCGGUGCCGAAGAACUCACGUAAUGCACCACAGCAGCCCUCACCAUUCCAAAUGCCUACAGGACAACAACCUCCACCUGUUUCCAACAAUUUUGGUAUGCCGUGGCCGCCUCAUUACACCUCCAACAUGGCAGCAAUGACAGCAGGGGUAUAUCCCAGGAGAAUUGAAAAUCCUAAAGUGCCGCAUAAGGAUACCUCAGCCUUUACUGCGCAUGGUCAGCAACGAGCCAACUACACAAACACGGCCUGCCCUCCGUCACUAAAUUUAAUGCCAUCCCCAAACUUGGGCGGGAAUCGACGUCAGUCGAGUGGUUGCUCACAUAGCGGCAAUGCUACGGUGCAGAGUAAAGACAGCAGAGAGAGUGGCAACAGCGUUAACGCCACCGCCACUUCUGGUGGCAGUGGUAGUCAAGAACUAGAGCGUCAGGGGGGGUUGCCGUACGAUGAGGAUCCUACGCCUAUUGAUAUUACCAAAACGCAGCUUAUCGUGAAUUUUUUACCUCAGCUUUUAACCGAUGAGGGUUUCCGUGAACUGUUUACCCCUUUUGGCGAGAUACACACGAAACCAACAAAAAUUAUCUACGACCGGGGGGCCCGACGGGGCAAAGGUUAUGGGUUUGUGUACUACAAAGAUGGACGCAGCACGGAGGCUGCCAUCAAAACCGUAAACGGGUUGUCAUUGGGUGGUCGUCGGCUGAAGGUUCGAUAUGCCGAUCAGCAACGAAGAAAGAUUGAUUGUGAUAGUUGCGAGGGCGAUGAAAAAGACGAAGAAAACGAGGAACUUCACGAGGAGCUUGAGCGGCAAGAAAAGGACCUCGACAGCCGCAGUGGUGUUCAAUAA